AUGACAGAGGAAAUAAAACUAAAUUCAUCGAAACUAGGAACAAAGGAAUACUGGGACAAUUUUUAUAAAAAAGAACAACAAAAUUUCAAAAACAAUAAUGACGACACAGGGGAAUGUUGGUUUGAUGAUUCAGAUGCAGAAUCCAAAAUAAUUCAAUUUUUAAUAAAUGAGUUGAUACCGUAUUUUAUUGAAAAUUCGACCAUCCUGUUUUUAGAUCUAGGAACAGGUAAUGGUCAUUUAUUAUUUCAGUUACUGGAAGAUUUACAAGAAGUCAUUGAACUCGAAGGUGCUUUCCAUGAAAAUGAAUUUGUAUUCCAUGGAAUUGAUUAUUCAUCUGACUCGGUAUUGUUUGCUCAAGAUAUUGCUUCAAAAAAGUACUCGAAUAAUAAUUUUAAAUUUGAUCAAGUUGAUCUACUAUCUUCCAAUUCAGAGUUUUUGAAUAAUAACAAAUUUGAUAUAAUAUUAGAUAAAGGAACUCUAGAUGCAAUCGCAUUAAAUCAAGAUAUCAUAACUGAAGAUGGUAAAAGAGGAAUGGAUAUAUAUGCUACACAAGUUAAGAAAAUGAUGAAAUUUGAUUCAAUUUUAUUAAUAACAUCAUGCAAUUUUACCGAAAAAGAAUUAAUUAAAGUCAUUACUUCACAAACAAAUUUAGAAGUUUAUGAUAAGAUUAAUUACCCAAGCUUCCAGUUUGGAGGAGUAAAAGGCUCAACAGUUGUAAGUAUAGCUUUCUGUAGAGCUGAAUCAUAA